GAGCCUUGACGUUGGUUGGUUGGUUUUGAGCCACAAUUCAUCCAUCGUCGGACGGACGCUGGAAAGAUUUCCAUCACUCCCUCCCUCCCUCCCUCUGUCUCUCUCUUUCAAUUCUUCCUUUGCCUGGCGAGCCUCGCCAAUCGCCAUGGACGCCAGCAAGCUUCUGUCCGGUUCGACGGUAGUGUUUUCGCCGUCACUCCCUCGGGUUCGUACAAUUGCCAGCUCAAGCUCCGGUUUCUUGACACCUCCUUCUCCGAAGACGUCGUCCUCGUUCACGGCGACUUCGUCCUUGACCCUGCCCGGGAGAAAACCUCCAGUGUCUGCCGUGCGGCGGAGGUUGGCGCUGAAAUGCGGCGCUGUUGCUGGAGGUAUAACCGAAAUCGAUGAGAGCCAGUUCGCUGAUACGGUGUUGAAGAGCGACCGCCCCGUGCUGGUGGAGUUCGUGGCCCACUGGUGUGGUCCUUGCCGCUUAAUCUCUCCCGCUAUUGAGUGGGUGGCUCAGGAAUACAAGGAAAGAUUGACAGUGGUGAAGAUUGACCAUGAUGCCAACCCGAAAUUAAUAAAAGAGUACAAAGUUUAUGGACUGCCUACUUUGAUUGUUUUCAAAAACGGGGAGGAGGUUCCUGAAAGCAGAAGGGAAGGUGCAGUUACAAAGGUGAAGCUUAAGGAGUAUCUUGAUGCCGUAUUGGAUUCAAUUACGGUUGCAUAGUCCCGUCUGAACGCAGACACCCCCAUACCUCAGCAGAUGUCCAGAGAAUGUGCAAUGUUCUGCUGCUAAUUCUUUUCGUUUGCGACCUGCAGCUGUUGCUUGUAGAAGAAAUUCACUGUUGAAACUGAGACUACCAGCCCCCUGUAUUCAUAUUUUGCAUGGUUGGAUCUGAGUUUUGUCUUCUUGUUUGUAGCAAUGGUAAGUUUUAAGAUCAGUUGAAGCACAUAUUGUGGAAGGUUUGGCCGCCUAAUUGUAAGUAAAUUUCCUUCAAAUGUAUCAAAUCAUUCUGUGUAACUCUUUCCUGGAGUCUAAGAACACCAUGGAAAGUUCUCGGAGUGGAGGAAAGUUUCUAACAUUAAUUAGCAUAUAUUUACAGUGCUGUUCGACAGCCAGAGUUUCAAAGGUGGAUAAGCCGUCCGUUGACUUGUCAAGACAAUAUCUGAUGAAAUGUUUAGUGUGGAGCUAUCUAA